AUGUCCGUCCGGCAAUGGCUCGUCUUCACAGUGCUUAGGGCUGUGCCGGCUGUGCUGCUGGUAGUCGUCUUAACGGCCUGCGCCAUCAUCUGUUACAGACUGGCCCUGCACCCCCUCGCCCGAGUGCCAGGGCCCAAGCUCGCCGCGAUCUCCAAUGUGUGGUAUGCGCUUCACGUCCAUGAUGGGCGCAUGUUCGCCUUAGGCAAGACGUUGCACAAGAAGUACGGCCCUGUUGUUCGCGUGGGGCCGAACGAGGUGUGGUUUGACAGCAAAGAUGCGUUCAAGAGCAUCUAUCGUGAGUCGUUAGAAUCUUCAAGACCCUAUAGCGCCCAUGACUCACUUUUACAAGGGGCCGGCAGUGGCUAUGAGAAGUCCGAGUUCUACUUGGCCACUCUGCUGCAAAAGCCGACGAUGGACUGGAUGGGCAGAUUGCACUUCCCUGACUCGCUGGACCUCUUAUCUGAGCGAGACAUAUCACGAUAUCGCCUUCAGAGGCGUCUUAUUGGUCCCAUUUACCAAACGGCAUCUCUCAAGCGACAUGAGCCUGCUAGUGACGCCGUGCUUGGGAAGGUCGUCACCCAGAUCCGGGAUCUCGACGGAGCCGAAGUUGAUUUGAAGGAGUGGAUGCAUAUCAUUGCUGUCGAAUGUCUUGGCGCCAUUGUGCUGGGCUGGUCUCCGGGCUAUCUGAAGGACAAGACAGACUGGGGCUCUAGCAGCCAUGGCUACUUGGGUUGGAGACGGAAGAGCGUCUUUGGACUAUUUCCAAUGAUUGUCAAGGCCGAGAUCAUCUCGGGAGAGAUCAGUUACGCGUUUGCUCGUCUCUGGGGACUUACUCACAAGGCUGCUAAGACCUUGAAACCCUUCUUUACGGGUGUUUACCGUCAGUCGUCGCGACGCAUCACCGCCGAGCUCGCCCCAAAGGCCGUCAAACCUUCCAAACUCGGCAAGACCAAAAGACCGUCUGCUGAUGAUCGUCAUGACCUCCUCAACGACUUGAUCCAGCUUCACAAGGAGAAGCCCGAAUUUAACGAGACAUAUCUGCGGCGGAUGGCCGUGACCAACUUUGGCGCCGGUCAUGAGACCAUGUGCUCCGCUCUGACUUCCAUCAUGGCCAUGAUCGGGUCGAACCCGUCUGUACAGGCCAAGGUCGCAGCCGAAGUGCGAUCAGCCGAGGAUCCCUCAAAAUUUGAUCACGCCACGCAAUUGAUGUACAUGCAGGCAACAAUCAAGGAAGCCCAGCGCCUGCAUCCGGUCCUCGGUAUGUCUCUUUCACGGACUGUUCCGGCCGAAGGCCUGCAGGCACAUGGCCACCAUUUCCCCGCCGGUACCAUCGUCGGCUGUAAUCCGGUAUCGCUUCACAGAAACAAAGAAAUCUUUGGCGUCGAUGCCGAGUCGUUCAACCCAAGUCGAUGGCUUGACACGGACGAUGUUCGGACCAUGGAUCGGUAUAAUUUGACUUGGGGUGGAGGGAACAGGAUGUGUCCGGGACGGCACCUGGCGUAUCUCGUUGUCUAUAAGGUCAUUCCAGCCUUGCUGAGCGAGUUUGAUAUCGAGGUCUCAAUGCCGCCGGAGGAAGAGAUUCGAUAUUACUUCAUGGCCAUGUUGACGGGCGUCAAAGUGCGCUUCCGGCCUAAGGCGGGUCUCGACGAGGCACAGGUGACAACGGGCGCCCCGGUGUGA